AUGCAGAAGCCGAGCGUAGAGGAGCCCCUGCUGGUUGUAGCCAGCGGACCCGAACAAGGCAGUGAGAAUAAUGGCGCGGCGGCAGCAGCGGAGGCGAAGCGCCUACUGCGACUGGCGGGGCCGCUGGUGGCGAGCGGAAUCCUCCGGUCUGUGGUACAGUUGGUGUCGGUGAUGUUCGUGGGCCAUCUCGGCGAGCUUCCCCUCGCCGGUGCCUCGCUCGCCACCUCCCUCGCCAACGUCACUGGCUUCAGCUUGCUCUCUGGCAUGGCGAGAGCGCUGGACACGGUGUGCGGGCAGGCGUUCGGCGCGCGACAGUACCACCUCGUCGGCGUCUACGAGCAGCGGGCGAUGCUGGUCCUAGCGCUGGCGUGCGUCCCAAUCGCCGCGGUGUGGGCCAACGCCGCUCGGAUCCUCGUCUUCCUCGGCCAGGACGCGUCCAUCGCCGCCGGCGCCGGCGCCUACGCGCGGUGGCUCAUCCCGUCCCUCGUCCCCUACGUGCCUGUCGUGUGCCAUAUCCGGUUCUUGCAGACGCAGAGCAUCGUGGUGCCGGUCAUGGCCUGCUCCGCCAUCACGGCGCUGGCCCACGUCCUCGUUUGCUGGGUGCUGGUGCACAAGGCUGGGAUGGGGAGCAAGGGCGCGGCUCUCAGCAACGCCGUAUCCUGCAGCAUCAAUCUGGCCAUGCUGAGCCUGUACACGAGGUUUUCAGGAGCUUGUAACAGAACGUGGACUGGCUUCUCCAUGGAGGCCCUCAAGUUCAAGGAGUUGCGCCAGUUCGCGGAGCUUGCCUUCCAGUCCGCAAUGAUGGUUUGCUUGGAGUGGUGGUCGUUUGAACUGCUGGUGCUGCUCUCUGGUCUGCUGCCCAAUCCUAGGCUUGAAACCUCAGUACUGUCGAUAUGUCUUAAUACUGGCGCUCUCAUGUUCAAGGUGCCAACUGGUCUCUGCACAGCCAUAAGUACACGCGUUUCCAAUGAACUUGGUGCCGGUAAACCGGAGGCAGCAAAGCUGGCAACCAGAAUAGUCCUUCUUAUGGCCUUGUCUGAAGGUUUAGUGAUCUCUAUUACAAUGAUUCUGCUACGCAAUUUCUGGGGUUACAUGUAUAGCAAUGAGGAGGAAGUUGUCACAUACAUCGCCCGGAUGAUACCAGUUCUAGCCAUAUCCUACUUUAUAGAUGGAGUUCAUACUUCUCUCUCAGGCGUGAUAACUGGGUGUGGUGAGCAGAAGAUUGGAGCACGCGUUAAUCUUGCUGCGUUCUACUUGGCAGGCAUCCCCUUGGCCGUGUUACUAGCAUUUGUCAUGCAUCUGAAUGGAAUGGGGCUUUGGCUCGGCAUCGUUUGUGGCAGCCUCUUAAAGCUUAUGUUGCUCAUGUGGAUCGUGCUCUCAAUAAACUGGGAAAAGGAAGCAAAUAAGGCAAAAGACAUGUUAAGAUCUUCUCUUCUAGUUGCAUGAAGAUAAAAUCAUGCGUCAAAAUGACAUUUUUGUGAUGCGGCCAAGCAUGCAGCCGACCCAACUGAUUGAUACUAGAUAGACAUGCACGCUUCACUGCCUGGGUAGCGUUGUCGCACGCCUUGGCUGGAGCGAUACAUUUGUUAAUACUUUGAUUUAGGUGUAGCACAUGCUUUAGUGCUUCGCCUUAAUAGCACAAGUAAUCUCAAAUAUAGGUGGACGGUGGCGUGUUGUUAUUUUCGGAGUU